UUACCAUGGCCACAGUAUCCCACACAGUAAAGGCUGCUUCCGGUGACAGAGACAGGUAGAUGCUGUGUGUUCACACCUGAGCAGGAUGUUGAGGAGAACCGUCUGGAGGAACACAGUCAGUGAUGCAGUGAGUCUGCAUCAGGACGAAGCUCUCAGCACCACCAUGUUCCUCCUAAAGUCCUACGGGCCGACAGGAUUCCUGCUCAGAGAGGAAGGAGAGGCCAGGAGCUUUAAGCGUGGACUCAUGGAGAGGCAGAUCUUUGAGCUGCUUCACGGUUUACACCAAACAGAAGCCCAGCGGACAGAGUUUGAACCGUCUGCUGCCUCUGGGACCUCAAACUAAUCGGACCGGGAGGAAGGAAGAGUUUACCGGAAAGCGAUUAACGCCCAGGAUGUGUGUCCGAUCUGCCAGGAGGAUCUUCUGGAGAGAAAACAGCCCGUCUCCUACUGCAGGUUCGGCUGUGGGAACAACGUCCACAUCUCCUGCAUGAAGGUCUGGGCAGAACACCAGAAGCGGAACCAGGACCAGACGGUGAAGUGUCCUCUGUACAGGGAGGACUUUAGCUCUCUGAAGUUACUCCAGGAGCAGCUGAAAAACGCAGCCAAGCUCUUCACGACGGCCGCUGAAAGACAGAAAGCAGACAGUCACCUGGGAGUGUGUCACAGCUGCAGAAUCUGCCCGGUAACUGGAAAAUGUUUCCAGUCCACCAUCUGCAGGUAUUUCUAUCUGUGUGAGGACUGUGCAGAGAAGCGCUGCCAGCCACAGCAUCCGUUGGCUUCACGGACUAAGAGCGAAGUGGAUCCUGGUGAGGAGGAGCUGAGUGGAGAAGCGACGGCAGCGAGCUCUGAGCCAGAAGAUGACAGCGUCGUCCUGCUGGCUGCAGACCCGUUACCAGACGUUGUGUUGAAGUGUUUGCCAGCGGUCCGGCUCAGAUCAGGGUCUCGGCUCCUGGAUGAAGGUCAGCAGUGUCGGAUCGGUCUGCAGAGUUUCAUCCUGGGUCAGCAUGUCCAAACUCUGCCCUGCCGUCACCAGUUCCACUCAGACUGUGUGGAUCAGAUCCUGCAGAAAUCAAACUCCUGCCCCGUGGAUGGAUAUGUCAUUUAUAAUCCUUUAACCUGGAGAUCCAGUCAGAGGAAGGCCUCCUGCCUUUCCAGUGACUCUAAGAAACCAGAAAGCACCUUAAAGGACACUCAGAAACUAACAGACAGGUUUCUAGACUUGUGUGCUUCAGCAGCAGACUGUGAGUCAAACCAGACUGGCAGCUCUUCUUUUCACCGUCUGUCAGCGUGAUGCAGAAGACGGAACAUCUGGACACGUUUCCCAGAACACAAGAACUAAAUGCACCGCUGAAGCAACAGAAGCUGGAGAUCACAUGAACCUUUUUGUUGGUUUCAGACAGGAACCAGACCACAGAGCUCCGGUAAACUUUCCUCCCAGACCAAUUCGACCAGAACCGAAGAGGAGAGCAGUAAAAAUACUGACAGACUCACUGCAGAGCUAACGAUGACCGGAGUCUCAAUCAGCAGACGUCCUCAGAGCAACACAGAGACUUGACGUAUUUUUCAUUUAAGGUUGUUUAAGGUUUUAGUGAUGUUUCUGCAAUGGUGAAUUAAAUUAAUAAACAUGCAUGACGAGAAACUUAGCAUUCAUUACUUAUGUAUGUUAAAAAUAACCACAAAGAAAAAGAGUUUCUUUUGAUCUUAUCUGCUUUAAUCUAUUUUUGUAGACCCACUGCUCAGAAUUUUAAUAUGAACACGUCAGUUGUUCCAUCUUAAAUCAUCAGAGGCCGACUAA